UCCACUCCACUCCACUCCACUCCGCUCUCCUCUGACAGAUGGUGUGAAAGCGGCGGCAGGCAGAGCCGGACUAGCCUCCUUUCCUCUCCUCUCCUCUCCUCUCCUCCUCGCCUCUCCUCCCUCACCAGCAGCACCAGAAGGGAAGCGCGACACCACUUUGGCUCUGAACUCCGACCGAGCGCCCGGCCGCCCAACGCUGCAUCACGGCCGGUCACCGCAGCGCGCAGGAGCCGCUGCUCGCUGGAGGUCAGUUCCAGGGCCACCUCUGGGGCCACCAGUGCAGAGAGGUCAGUUUGGGGUGGCCAGCGAGCGGCCGCUUUUGGGGCCAGCUUUUGGCCGGUAUAAAGGAGAAGCAGCAGCAGCAGGAGGAGGAGAGCCGACCCUUCCAGCGCCGCUCUCCGGGCGAUGCCAGAGUAAAUGCCAGGGCGAUGUCCCGACGCAAGCAGGGGAACCCGCAGCACCUGUCUCAGAGAGAAAUAACACCGGAGGUUGAGCACCCAGAUGGCGGCCUGCUCUCCGACUCUCUAUCCCUCCACCCGCUCCGCCUGCCCUCUCACCCUCUCGGCCUACCUCCCCAUCCGUUGGACCCUAGCCUGGCCCACGCCCUGCCGCCCGGCCUCCACGCCGACCACGACCUGCUGACCUGCGGCCAGUGCCAGAUGACCUUCCCGCUGGGCGACAUCCUCCUCUUCAUUGAGCACAAGAAGAAGCAGUGCCAAACGCCGCUGCUGGCCAAUGGCUGCUACGACAAGAUGACUGACCGGGGAGGAGGAGGAGGAAGGAGUCCGACUCUGCAGGGCCUUCAUCACCACACACAGCGGAGGGAGCUGAGGAAGGUGGUGGAGCCGGUGGAGAUUGGCAUCCAAGUGACACCAGAGGAGGAGGAGGUGGGAAGAGGUGAGAGGGGAGCGAGGACGCCCAUCAAAGGGAUUUGCCCCAAGCAGGAGAACACACCGACAGGUGGCAGGGGUGAGCCUUCCAGCUAUAUAUGUACCACAUGUAAGCAGCCCUUCCCCAGUGCCUGGUUCCUGCUGCAGCAUGCCCAGAACACCCACGGCAUUCGCAUAUACCUGGAGUCCAACCCCUCCAACGCAUCCCUCACCCCACGCAUCAGUAUGCCUCCACCCCUGGGCAAUGACUCCAUCCCGCAGUCCCCCCUCACCAACUUUCUCGGGGACAACAACCCCUUCCACCUCCUGAGGAUGACGGGCCCCCUGCUCCGGGAGCCUCCACCAAGCUUCAUGGAGAACCGCCUCCCCAACACGCCUCCAUUCAUCAGCCCGCCUCCCCGCCACCACCUGGACCCCCAUCGGCUGGAACGCCUUAGCGCAGAGGAAAUGGGCCUCAUCUCACAGCACCCUAGUGCCUUUGAGAGGGUAAUGCGGCUAACACCUGUGGCCAUGGAGUCCCAGUCCAUGGACUUCUCCAGGCGGUUACGUGAGUUGGCGGGGAACAACAACACCACCACACCACCGUUGUCACCCAGCAGGGCCAACCCUAUGCACCGACUACUAAACCCCAACCCCUUCCAGCCUGGGCCAAAAUCACCUUUUUUGAGCACCCCCCCCUUACCGCCGAUGCCCCCAAACAGCACCACCCCUCCCCAGACACAGGCCAAGGUCAAGUCCUGUGAGUUCUGCGGUAAGACCUUCAAGUUCCAGAGCAACUUGGUGGUGCAUCGGCGCAGCCAUACUGGAGAAAAACCAUACAAGUGCCAGCUGUGUGACCACGCCUGCUCUCAGGCAAGCAAGCUGAAGCGCCACAUGAAGACACACAUGCACAAGGCUGGAUCCCUGACGGGGCGCUCAGAUGAUGGACUGUCCACCACAAGCUCCCCAGAGCCAGGCACCAGUGAUGUCACAGGUGAGGGCAUGAAGAAUCGUGAUGGGGACUUCCAGGGGGAAGGCAAUGAGGAGGAAGAGGAGGAAGAGGAAGAAGAGGAACUUGAGAAUGAGAGUCGACCAGAAUCCAACUUCAGCAUGGAGUCUGAGUUCUACCGGAACAGGGAGAAUGGCGCUAAACUGCCCUCAGAGGAGAAGUCAUCACUCGCCCUUGAGAAGAUGGUGGACGGUGGGGGGCUCAACUCUAUACAGCAGUACAAUAAUUUGAUAGUUGACAAUCGUAAAAGGAUGCCCUUCUCCAAGAGGGGCUCGGAUGGCCAGCGGGACACUGGGGAUGAGGACUCAGUGGCUGGGGAGAUGGACCACCACCAUCACCACCACCAGCAGGAAGAGAGGACAACCAUUAACGGCCGGAAUUGUGGCUCCGGUGACUCUUUCUCAGGCCUGUUUCCCCGUAAGCCCACCCCUAUCACCAGCCCCAGCCUGUCCAAUUCCUCAAAUAAGAGGAUCAAGAUUGAAAAAGACUUGGACAUUCCCCCAGCACCCCACAUCCCCUCUGAGAACGUCUACUCCCAGUGGUUAGUGGGCUAUGCGGCCUCACGCCACUUCAUCAAAGACCCUUUCCUAGGCUUCACUGACUCCAGACAAUCGCCCUUCGCCACCUCCUCUGAGCACUCGUCCGAGAACGGCAGCCUGCGGUUCUCAACGCCUCCGGGUGACCUGCUGGAUGGAGGCCUGUCGGGCCGCAGCGGCACCGCCAGCGGAGGCAGCACACCUCAUCUGGGUGGAGGCCGGCCUACCUCCAAGGAUAGCAGGAGGUGCGACACCUGCGAAUACUGCGGCAAGGUGUUCAAGAACUGUAGCAACCUGACGGUGCACCGGCGCAGUCACACUGGCGAGAGGCCCUACAAGUGUGAGCUGUGCAACUAUGCCUGUGCCCAGAGCUCCAAGCUCACGCGCCACAUGAAGACACAUGGCCAGCAUGGUAAGGAGGUCUACCGCUGUGACAUUUGCCAAAUGCCCUUCAGCGUGUACAGCACUCUGGAAAAACAUAUGAAAAAGUGGCAUGGAGAACAUUUGAUGACCAAUGAGGUCAAAAUUGAACAAGAACAAGCUGAGAGAACCUAAACCAGGUUCUCUGUUUCCAUACUCUGCACCACACUUUGACUUAAAAAAUAAACAAAACGGGGUAGCUGGAUACUCUUAUUCUGAAAACUUAAUUUUGGGUUAAUUUUGUGUUUUUAAGAAACUGCCAACUGAAAAAAAAGUGAAAACAGAGAUCUUAACACCAAUUGAAGCUGUCUAAACUGCCUCAUUUGGGGUUCCUUUUUAAACAAUCAGUCAGUUGAGUUAUAACAUAUGUGGAGCCUUUAACUGUGCAAUAAUUUCUGUAUUUAUUGGAUUUUGUAUUUUGGCAUGUGCAGGUACAUUAUUAUUUAGGCAUUUUAAAAAACUGUUUUACUUUGAUUUUGCGUUACUCUGUUAAACCCACAUGAUAUCCUGAGAGUUUUUUAGAAGACAAAAGUCCAUUUUAAGUAAUAAUUUUUUUGGCCACUGCUUGUAGGAAAUUGUAUAUUAAGCUAAACGUGUGAUUUCUUGAAGAGAAGCUGAAUUCAAUCUUCAAUUUGAAAGUGGCGUUAACUGAGAAUGCUAGAAUUAGUCUAUUUUGUGUGAUGACGAUACGCGGACAACAAUCCUUUGGCAUUGUAGCAUGAACUGAGUCUAAAACAUGUCAAUAUAAUUGGAUAUGUAGCACUGAGCGUCAUAUUUGACAGUAAAUCUAAAAUCAAAGAGGAUCCCAAGGUUCAUAAACCCUGUCUCCUCCUAGGAACAUCAUUACCAGCCAGAAGAAAGAGAUUCUAGAUAAGGCAGCUGCUGACUGGUAUGUAGUACCAAGCCCUGACAACGCUACGACAACCAUCCCUCACUUCUUCUGCUUUGCCCCCUCCCCCCCUCCAUCUUACCUACAUUCAUACAUCCAUGUAUUAUAUUUUGCAUGAAGCCAUAUGAUCUAGGCUAUAUUAUUUAUUUUAAGUAAACUGAGCAUGAAGCCAUGCAAUACGAGUAUGCAUAGAGGUAGAUAGAAGAAUGAGACAAGAGAGCGAGCACAGGGACAUCUCAGGGUGAGCUAUACUACUUUUCUUGAUAUACCCAUUCAUUCCUAUGCUUCCAGAAGCAUUUCUAUUUCAUAACACGUUGAAAUAAUCAGGGACAGUUGUGUCCGCUACACCAUCCCUUGCUGCCCUCUGUCCCCCCUACCGAGCUAAUGCCCAAGAUUUAUACUCGAAUCAAAGUGGUUAGACUCGAUUCUAUUUGAAGUCACAGCUUCUAAAUAUAACAUGAAUUAGUUUAGAGAGGGUUAAAUGGAUGUGCAUACAUGGCAGAUGUCACUACUUUAACUCCAUUUCUGCAGAAAAUUGAAUUCUCAGAUUUAUAAAAAUUAACAUCCCUAUGCAUUUUGUGUGCUAAAAUAUCUUACAAUUUGUUUCAAAAAAGUGGUACGGUAAAUUUUGACUAGUGUUGUUAUAGUGAUUCUAUAAUUAUAUAAUCUGAUCUCCAGGAAUAGGAAUCCGUCAAAGUUUUACCAUUAGUUGUGGGACAGUUUUGUGUAGAAGAGGAACUAUAUAUCAGUGUGUGCUGAAGUAGUAAGACUAAUAGAAAGAGAAGCAGCAUCAGUUCGCUCCAUGCCCCUUUGUUCAUUUGAAUAUCAUAACCCCAGUUUUCUUUAGGCCCCAUCCGCCUUCAUAGUGGCACUUUUAAAAAAGAAAAAAAAAUCAGAUCUGAUUUGCUGUCAAUGUAUAAAUUCAGAGCUCUUAGCAACAGACCCGCACUUUAUGAUUUUUCCGUCCGACACAGACACAAAGCUGGACAGAAAAGGUACAAAAGGGUCUAGAGCUUGGGAUCUCCUGACGCUGAAGUGCCCAGGGUUGUUAGGCUAGGCUUUCCCAAUGCUGGCACUAUAAAGUUGAAAAAAAAAAGAAGAAAGAAAAACAAUUUAUUUGGGACAGUUUUUGUACUGCCAUUCGAUUUGACAUGAGUGUGCCUUGAAUAAUGAUCUUCCUAUUUAUUGUCUCAGACAAAUGCAACACUUUUUAUGAAGCAUCAAAUUGAACAAGAAAGAAAAGUAAAAUUGUGUUAACUUUAACGUGAUUUGACAUUUCAACAGAAAUAUUGAAAUCAAUACAACAAUGAAACAAUGCUCAGUUUAGGUUUAGGAGUACCCAGCACAAUAUCAGUGUGUCUGUGUGUGUAUAUAUGUAUGCAUAUGUACAUAUAAAGGCACAAACUUAUAUAUAGAUAUAUAUCAAAUUCCUCACUCAUAAGGACAAGAGUCUGUCCCACAACAGAAAAUUCCAGGAGUGGACAAAAGCCACACAAAAAGUCAAGGAAGAGACUCAACAAAAAUCAGGAAAUGCAGAAACUAAAAAAAGAAUUUAGUGCACUCUGUCUUAAAAUAAGUUUACAGUAUUGAAACAAGUACAAGGGUAAAAUAAUAUUUGUGUGUAUGUGUGUUUUAAACAAACGAGUAUUUUUUUUUUCCAGGUUUGCUUAUAAAGUUUCUCUGAAUGCCGUAGUGGCGAUGUGUAUAUUGUUUUUUUUCUUUUUCUUUUUUUUUGGUGACGGGGUUUUAGUAUAUAUAUAAAUAUAUAUGAAUAUAUAUUACAUUUUUCUUGUUUACUGUAAAAGUAUACCAGUAUUUGUAAUAUUGGAGAAUGCCUGGGCAUUUUACAAAAAUAGAAAAAAGGUUGUUUUUUUAUUUUUUAUUUUGCAGUCCAAUUUAAAUUGUGGGUCUCUUAAACUGUUUUUGUCACUGUAACUGUAAAAGUCUUAAGUUUUAGUAACUUUUAUUCUGCCUUGGGUGUAAUGAAAUAAAAAAUAAACAAAUUAAAAAAUGA